UUCGUCUUUGAGACUGUCGCCGGUGCUUGAUGCAGCUAUGCACUUGUGAGUGUGACAUGGUGCUAGUGCUAGUGCUACAUUUUCCAAAAAUUGUUUUCUGGAUGAUUGAAAAAUGAUCAGAAUUGCUAUUUUAUUUAUGUCAGUGCUUGCAGCAUUCCCUGAUUUACUUCACGGCAUUACGACCAUACACCAUGACAAACCCGAGGAGUCAAACAUUCCCAAAAUGGCUACGAAAAUGACAACAAAUCCUGAAACGGUUGAACGUCACAAAAGACUCCUACCUUAUAUGAACUUCUACAUCAGUAACAAUCAAAAGUUCACGCCAUUCCUUGAAAGUAACGCUUUACCAGGCCCUUUCAUCCCCAUCAAACCCACUCAAAAAUACCUUCCAGAACCUGAGAAAACCUCAAGCCCUAACUAUGCCCUAAUCUACGAUACCUUAAGUCAACUCAAAAUGAGACAAAGGUACCAUCAAAAUCUACGCUAUUUUGAGCCACCACGAGUUAAAACAGUCAUAGAAACAUAUACUCCUACAAGUAUAGACAUCGAAUCGGACACGAGAAAAUACAGACCGGUACCAAAUGACUCACGCUACAAGAUUUACAAGCCACAAGUGGACUAUGUGCUCGAUAGACCGUUAAUUAAUUACCAACCACAACCUAAACCUUUCUUCGGUGAUAAAAUAAUCUACUCUAAGCCACAACCACAAACUGAAACCCCUGUCAUUUACAUCGAAACCACUCCAAAACCACCUCAAGUCAACACAAUCAUCGAUGAUAAAUACGUCGCUCAAAAAAUCAUACCAGUGCAACAAUAUUACAACGUCCCAACUGAAAACACAAACAUCCUCGCGAAAAUCCUUAAACAGUUACAAAACUCCAACGCUCUACCUCAAACCCUCACAACACAUAAUAUAGACAACAGUAUUAAAACUUUGGUAAAGAUUUUGAAUAGUUUGAGAAAACAACAAGGAUUGAAAACAAAACCGAUCGUUGUCGUGGACGAGAACAGUUCAGAAGAAGAAAUUGAAGAGGAGGAAAAACCCACUUACGCUCCAGGAACAGUAACGCAAACAUUUCCAGCUAAUACUGUGGAUGGCGGGACUCCGGGAAGGCCGGGGAUUGAUUAUCCAGCGCUUUCGACGAUACCUCAGACAAGUUUUAAUUGCAAGACGCAGAGGUAUAAAGGGUUCUUCGGGGAUCCGCACACAAACUGUCAAGUCUGGCACUACUGCGACUUGAACGGAGGUCAAGCAUCAUUUUUGUGUCCAAACGGUACAAUUUUCAGUCAAGUCGCUCUCACUUGUGACUGGUGGUAUAACGUAAAGUGUUCAUCAACGACACAACUUUACGUUUUAAAUGAAAGACUUUACAAGUAUAUUUUGCCACUAGCACCGAAAUUUCCAGAGGAUUAUAGUGGGCCUCUUGUGGAUAGGUAUCUCGCACUCAAGUUUCAAGAAAUGGAAGAGAAAAUGAAAAAUGAAAAGAAAAAAGAGGAAGAUAAGAGUGAAGAGAAGGAUGAUUCUGACCAAUUGCAAGACAUUAAUAAUGAAAAAGCAAAAUCUGAGGAAAGUUAGACUGGGAUAAUUUGUUUUUUAUUUUUAUAUUGCCAUAGUUAGAGUUAAUUUAUUGUUAAGAGGUUGUUGAUUGUUUUCUAGUCAAUUAUAUCACAACUUAUUAUUUAUUACAGAUGAAAAUAUUUUUUGAUCACUACUUUAUUUUAGUUUUAUUUUUAUAUAAUUGUCUAGAUUAAGAAACUCAACUAUGUUGUUACUAUGCUUGUGGUAUUUAAUAAAUUUGUUUGCAAUGAA